GCAGACCGAAGAUGAUGCUCCGGCUGCCGGCGCGCUGCGGAAUCCAGAAAGAUAUGGGCUUCAACCCCACGCCACGCCAGGCUCCUGCCAAAAGGCAGCAAAGGCUCUUCAUCCUUCGGCAAGCAACAAUUAAAUACCACCCUUCAAACCGCGUCGAGCACCGCGCGACACAAACCCGAUCGAACGCCACCGCCACCGCCACAUCCACACAAAGCUCCCGCGCGCGCGCACGGCUGGUACGGCCUGCCUCCUAGACAUGAACACCACGAAUGCGCUGAUGCACCACCACGUCCAGGCGUCCGUGCCUCCGGCGCAGCACCAGAAGCAGCGGCCGGGGCUGCCGCCGACGCCGCCCGCGCCGGCCGGCUCCCACUCCGUGCAAACGGACGUGUGCAUGGACGACUCGGUGGCGGCGCGCGCGCAGGGGCAGGGCGGGCUGCCGCCGCCCAAGGCGCACCGCCGGUCCCGCAGCGAUGUCCCUUUCGGGUACUUCCAGCCGCUGCCACCGCCGUCGCCCAAGAUGGAGGCCGGCGGCUGGGGCCUCCCCGUUGGCGGCACCUCGGGCGACGACCUGUUCAAUGCGUACAUGAGCAUGGAGGGCAUGGACGGGCUGAACAACUCCGACGGGGACAGCCGCGGGAGCAGCAUGCGCACCAACGGCGCCGACAGCAGCGAGAACGAGUCCGAGGACUACGGCGCCGACAGUCAGUUCCUUCUCUGGGGCAAGAAGAGGGAGGGCGUCAAGAGGAAUGCCGCCGGGGAGCCCGCCCCGCCACCGGUGGCUCGGCACGCGAGGAGUCUGUCGAUGGACAACCUCAUGAGGAAGCUCAGCUUCUCGGCCAAUGGGGAGCCCUGCAAGUUCAGCCUGGAGUUCGGCGGCGGCGAGUUCACCCCGGCCGAGAUGAAGCGAAUCAUGGCCGACAAGAAGCUUGCCGAGAUGGCCCUCGCCGACCCAAAGCGCGUAAAAAGGGUGCUCGCCAACAGGCAGUCGGCGGCGCGGUCCAAGGAGCGGCGGAUGCGGUACAUUGCGGAGCUGGAGCAGAAGGUGCAGAUCCUGCAGACGGAGGCCACGACUCUGUCCGCGCAGCUCACGCUUCUGCAGCGCGACUCGGCGGGGCUCGCCACGCAGAACAAUGAGCUCAAGUUCCGGCUGCAGGCCAUGGAGCAGCAGGCGCAGCUGCGCGACGCACUGAACGAGGCGCUGACAGCUGAAGUCCAGCGCCUGAAACUUGGCGAGACAAGCUCGUUCAGCAACCUACCCCAGCAAAUGCAGCUCCGUUGCGAGAACCAGAUGCUCGAGCUGCCCAAGCAGCAGCAACAGGGUGAGCAGAUACCGUUCUAUCAGCUGGAGCAGCGCGAGCAGAAUGGCGCGGCGAGGAACCAUGAGACGAAGUGAUGGUUUCAGCCAUGCAGGAGAGCGCAUCUUGGCGCACCGCGUCACACAGAAAACUUAGAUGAUCUGGAUAUUUUUAUGUUUCCUGACCCAUUUGUUUCGAACUUUAGUCUCGUCGAUAGUUUCCUGCGUUUGUUGGGGGCAAAGCACCCCGCCGGUACGUAUAUUUCUGAAUGUUUUUCGUCAUUUCAGAACCGUGAUUGUCACUGGAGUUAUUAUAGUUGGUGAAAGUGUACUGCAUUGAGAUUCUUUUGUAGUAGUA